GUUCGCUCCUCAGAAGCGCCGAGAGCGCGGCCGGGACGGUUGGAGAAGAAGGUGGCUCCCGGAAGGGGGAGAGACAAACUGCCGUAACCUCUGCCGUUCAGGAGCCUGGUUACUUAUUUAUUCGUUACCCUUUUUCUUCUUCCUCCCCCAAAACCUUUUCCUUUCCCCUCCUCUUUUUUUUUUUUUCUUUUUGGGAGACGAAAAAUCUCCGGAAAGGCGGAGGAGAGCUCCUUUCGCCCCUUUUCGUUUCCCCGCCUCCUUCCCUCCCCCACCUUUCCCCUCCUCCGGCUUUUUUCUCCCAACUCGGGGAGGUCCUUCCCGGCGGCCGCCCCGACGGGGUCUGAGCACCUAGGUGGAGGCGGCGCAGGCUUUUUGUAGUGAGGUUUGCGCCUGCGCAGCGCGCCUGCCUCCGCGAUGCACGGGGGUGGCCCCCCCUCCGGGGACAGCGCAUGCCCGCUGCGCACCAUCAAGAGAGUGCAGUUCGGAGUCCUCAGUCCGGAUGAACUGAAGCGAAUGUCUGUGACAGAGGGUGGCAUCAAAUACCCAGAGACGACUGAGGGAGGCCGCCCCAAGCUUGGGGGGCUGAUGGACCCAAGGCAGGGGGUGAUUGAGCGCACUGGCCGCUGCCAAACAUGUGCCGGAAACAUGACCGAGUGUCCUGGCCACUUUGGCCACAUUGAGCUGGCCAAGCCUGUAUUCCACGUGGGCUUCCUGGUGAAGACAAUGAAAGUUUUGCGCUGCGUCUGCUUUUUCUGCUCUAAGUUGCUUGUGGAUUCUAACAACCCAAAGAUCAAGGACAUUUUGGCUAAGUCCAAGGGGCAGCCCAAGAAGCGGCUUACACACGUCUAUGACCUCUGCAAGGGCAAGAACAUCUGUGAGGGCGGGGAGGAGAUGGACAACAAGUUCGGUGUGGAGCAGCCCGAGGGUGAUGAGGAUUUGGCCAAAGAAAAGGGCCACGGUGGCUGCGGGCGGUACCAGCCCAGGAUCCGGCGCUCUGGCCUGGAGCUGUAUGCGGAGUGGAAGCAUGUCAACGAGGACUCUCAGGAGAAGAAGAUCCUGCUGAGUCCCGAGCGGGUGCAUGAGAUCUUCAAACGCAUCUCGGAUGAGGAGUGCUUUGUCCUGGGCAUGGAGCCGCGCUACGCCCGGCCUGAGUGGAUGAUUGUCACUGUGCUGCCCGUGCCCCCGCUCUCCGUGCGGCCCGCGGUUGUGAUGCAGGGCUCUGCCCGCAACCAGGAUGACCUGACACACAAACUGGCCGACAUUGUGAAAAUUAACAAUCAGCUUCGGCGCAAUGAGCAGAACGGGGCAGCAGCCCAUGUCAUCGCUGAGGAUGUGAAGCUCCUCCAGUUCCAUGUGGCCACCAUGGUGGACAACGAGCUGCCCGGCUUGCCUCGCGCCAUGCAGAAGUCUGGGCGUCCCCUCAAGUCCCUGAAGCAGCGGUUGAAGGGCAAGGAAGGCCGUGUACGAGGGAACCUGAUGGGCAAGCGAGUGGACUUCUCGGCCCGCACAGUCAUCACCCCCGACCCCAACCUCUCCAUUGACCAGGUUGGCGUGCCCCGCUCCAUUGCCGCCAACAUGACCUUUGCGGAGAUCGUCACCCCCUUCAACAUUGACAGACUUCAGGAGCUGGUGCGCAGGGGGAACAGCCAGUACCCAGGGGCCAAGUACAUCAUCCGGGACAACGGUGAUCGCAUUGACCUGCGUUUCCACCCCAAGCCCAGUGACCUUCACCUGCAGACUGGCUAUAAGGUGGAACGGCAUAUGUGCGACGGGGACAUUGUUAUCUUCAACCGACAGCCAACUUUGCACAAAAUGUCCAUGAUGGGACAUCGGGUCCGCAUCCUCCCCUGGUCUACUUUUCGCUUGAAUCUUAGUGUGACAACUCCAUACAAUGCCGACUUUGAUGGGGAUGAGAUGAACUUGCACCUGCCACAGUCUCUGGAGACUCGGGCUGAGAUCCAAGAACUCGCUAUGGUGCCACGCAUGAUUGUAACCCCGCAAAGCAAUCGCCCUGUCAUGGGCAUCGUGCAGGACACGCUGACCGCAGUGCGCAAGUUCACCAAGAGGGACGUCUUCCUGGAGCGGGGGGAAGUGAUGAACCUCCUGAUGUUCCUGUCCACGUGGGACGGCAAGGUCCCACAGCCAGCCAUCCUGAAGCCCCGGCCCUUGUGGACCGGGAAGCAGAUCUUCUCCCUCAUCAUACCUGGCCACAUCAACUGCAUCCGCACCCACAGCACCCACCCCGAUGAUGAGGACAGUGGCCCUUACAAGCACAUCUCUCCUGGGGACACCAAGGUGGUGGUGGAAAAUGGGGAGCUGAUCAUGGGCAUCCUGUGCAAGAAGUCUUUGGGCACAUCAGCCGGCUCCCUGGUCCACAUCUCUUACUUGGAGAUGGGUCAUGACAUCACUCGCCUCUUCUACUCCAACAUUCAGACUGUCAUUAACAACUGGCUCCUCAUUGAGGGUCAUACCAUUGGCAUUGGGGACUCCAUCGCUGACUCUAAGACUUACCAGGACAUUCAGAACACUAUUAAGAAGGCCAAGCAGGAUGUAAUAGAGGUCAUCGAGAAGGCGCAUAACAAUGAGCUGGAGCCCACCCCAGGGAACACUCUGCGGCAGACCUUUGAGAACCAGGUGAACCGCAUUCUCAACGAUGCCCGAGACAAGACUGGCUCCUCUGCUCAGAAAUCCCUAUCUGAGUACAACAACUUUAAGUCUAUGGUUGUGUCCGGGGCUAAAGGUUCCAAGAUCAACAUCUCUCAGGUCAUUGCUGUUGUCGGGCAGCAGAACGUGGAGGGCAAGCGGAUCCCGUUUGGAUUCAAGCACCGGACUCUGCCUCACUUCAUCAAAGAUGACUAUGGGCCUGAGAGCCGUGGCUUCGUGGAGAACUCCUACCUGGCCGGCCUCACACCCACUGAGUUUUUCUUCCAUGCCAUGGGGGGUCGUGAGGGGCUCAUCGACACAGCUGUCAAGACUGCUGAGACUGGGUACAUCCAGCGGCGGCUGAUCAAGUCCAUGGAGUCGGUGAUGGUGAAGUACGAUGCCACCGUGCGGAACUCCAUCAAUCAGGUGGUGCAGCUGCGCUACGGCGAGGACGGUCUGGCUGGCGAGAGCGUCGAGUUCCAGAACCUGGCCACCCUGAAGCCUUCCAACAAGGCUUUUGAAAAGAAGUUCCGCUUUGAUUAUACCAAUGAGAGGGCCCUGCGGCGCACUCUGCAGGAGGACCUGGUGAAGGACGUACUGAGCAAUGCACACAUUCAGAAUGAACUGGAGAGAGAAUUUGAGCGGAUGCGUGAGGACCGGGAGGUGCUCAGGGUCAUCUUCCCAACUGGUGACAGUAAGGUCGUCCUCCCUUGCAACCUGCUGCGCAUGAUCUGGAACGCUCAGAAGAUCUUCCACAUCAACCCUCGCCUUCCCUCCGACCUGCAUCCCAUCAAGGUGGUAGAGGGAGUCAAGGAGCUGAGCAAGAAGCUGGUGAUUGUGAAUGGGGACGACCCACUGAGUCGACAGGCCCAGGAGAACGCCACCCUGCUCUUCAACAUCCACCUGCGGUCCACGCUAUGCUCCCGCCGCAUGGCCGAGGAGUUCCGGCUCAGUGGAGAAGCCUUUGACUGGCUGCUUGGAGAGAUCGAGUCCAAGUUCAACCAAGCAAUUGCCCAUCCUGGUGAAAUGGUGGGAGCUCUGGCUGCACAGUCCCUCGGAGAACCUGCCACCCAGAUGACCUUGAACACCUUCCACUAUGCUGGCGUGUCCGCCAAGAACGUGACACUGGGUGUGCCCCGACUUAAAGAGCUCAUCAACAUUUCCAAGAAGCCAAAGACCCCCUCACUUACUGUCUUCCUGCUGGGCCAGUCAGCUCGGGAUGCCGAGAGAGCCAAGGACAUUCUGUGCCGCCUGGAACAUACGACGUUGAGGAAGGUGACUGCCAACACAGCCAUCUACUAUGAUCCAAACCCCCAGAGCACAGUGGUGGCAGAGGAUCAGGAGUGGGUGAAUGUCUACUACGAGAUGCCUGACUUUGACGUGGCCCGAAUCUCCCCCUGGCUUUUGCGGGUGGAGCUGGACCGGAAGCACAUGACCGACCGGAAGCUGACUAUGGAGCAGAUUGCCGAAAAGAUCAAUGCUGGUUUCGGCGACGACUUGAACUGCAUCUUCAAUGAUGAUAAUGCAGAGAAGCUGGUGCUCCGGAUCCGCAUCAUGAACAGUGAUGAAAACAAGAUGCAAGAGGAAGAAGAGGUGGUGGACAAGAUGGAUGACGAUGUUUUCCUGCGCUGCAUUGAGUCCAACAUGCUGACAGAUAUGACCCUGCAGGGGAUCGAGCAGAUCAGCAAGGUGUACAUGCACCUGCCGCAGACGGACAACAAGAAGAAGAUCAUCAUCACGGAGGACGGGGAGUUCAAGGCCCUGCAGGAGUGGAUCCUGGAGACUGAUGGUGUGAGCUUGAUGCGGGUGCUGAGUGAGAAGGACGUGGACCCUGUGCGCACCACGUCCAAUGACAUUGUGGAGAUUUUCACGGUGUUGGGCAUUGAAGCCGUGCGGAAGGCCCUGGAGCGGGAGCUGUACCACGUCAUCUCCUUCGAUGGUUCCUAUGUCAAUUACCGGCACUUGGCUCUCUUGUGCGAUACCAUGACCUGUCGCGGCCACUUGAUGGCCAUCACCCGACACGGGGUCAACCGCCAGGAUACUGGGCCGCUGAUGAAGUGCUCCUUUGAGGAAACGGUACCAGAAGAAGUUCUGGGCGGGGUGGAAGGAGGGAAGUGGGGAGGCAGUGCUGCGGGACAAGGCGUCCUCUACAGUGAGCGUGGAGCAGGCCUUGGCGCGCUUCCCUUUGUGGGGUGGGUGGCUGUAACGACCACUGUGUGGGGUCAGGGUCUGAUGGUGCGCCGCCUCCUCGGAGGUUUAGCCAAGGACCUCAUCUCAGUCCUCAGCAAAAGCAGCAGCUGUGAGAUGGGACUGCUCACCUCACCCCUUGCCACUACACCUGGAACCCUGAUGGCAGCUCCCCUACCCUGA